AGGAUUGGCCUCUCUGGAGAGGGGACGGAUGCUGUGGUCAUCCUGGAGAAGACUCCUUUCCAGGAGGAGAAGAUACCAGACCUGCUGAAGAAGCCCACAAACACGGAGCUGCAGAUGCACAAUGACAUCUACUGCACCUUCUACCUGAGGCCACCCCCAGAGCUGAGUGAGAUCAAAGCCACAGUGGUGUACCCUGCCACGGAGAAACACAUCCAGAAGUACCUCCGCCAGGAAGUGCACCUCAUCCGAGAAACCUGGGAGGAUUACAAGAGCAUAACCCUGCCCUACAUCCAGUCCCAGAGCUUCAGCAUCCAGUGGGUGUACAAUAUCCUGGAGAAGAAAGCUGAGGCCGAUCGAAUUGUCCAUGAAAACCCAGAUCCUUCCACUGGCUUUGUUCUAGUUCCAGAUCUAAAGUGGAAUCAAAGUCAGCUGGAUGACCUGUACCUGAUCGCCCUGGUGCACCGCCGGGAGAUCAAGUCCCUGCGGGACCUCACUGCCGAGCACCUCCCGCUGCUGAGGAACAUCUUGCAGGAAGGAAAGGAGGCCGUGGCAAAGCGCUUUGGUGUUCCUGGCUCCCAGCUGCGCAUCUACCUGCACUACCAGCCCUCCUACUACCACCUGCACGUGCACUUCACAGCCCUGGGCCACGAGGCACCAGGCAGCUCCGUGGAGAGAGCACAUCUCCUGCCUGAUGUCAUCGACAACCUGGCCAUGGACUCCCUGUAUUACCAGAAACGGGCUCUGACCUUCCCCCUGCGGGCUGAUGAGCCCCUCUUCAAGAAAUUCCAGGAGGCAGGAAAAGUGUGAGCAGGCAUAUGUGCUUUUGUAUCAUUUUUAAAAGUAAAUACCUGUUUUCCAGGGGGGUUUUUUUAAGGUUUUGUUGCUUUUAUAUUUUUUGACUCUGUUUUUGUACAAGGUGGGGCUGAUGAUCCUUUGCUAUGGAAACUGUGUUGUCUGUUCAAGUCCAUUAAAACAUUGAUGGAAUAAA